AUGAACAACUUUACAGGUAGCUUAAAGGAAAAGGAAAAAAACAAAUUGUUAUAGAAGUAAGCAAAGUUAUUUUUAAUUAUCUUUGAAUAUAAUAAACUGAAUCAGAAGAUUAAUAACAUAGGGAAAUUGAAUAAAUUGAAUGUACAAUAUGGGAUUCUCUUAGCUGUAAAUUUAAAAAGAUUACAAUCCUAAUUAAAUUUAAUGAAGAAAAAGAGGUAAGUUACAUAUAAAAUGGAUAGAUUAUAAGAAUGUAUAUUUUUAUUUAAUAUCAAGUGAAUAAGUAAAGGAUUAAUUGUAAAUGAGUGAAAUAUUAACUAAUUUAGAAUAGAUUAAAUAUUUUUAAUGGUGUGGAAAUUACGGAUAGAACUCUUAAAAGGUUGAUAGAUGGACAGGAAGUUGGAAUUAAAUAACCCUUGAAGAUGUUGGUGGAUAUUACUCUAUUGUUGGAAAGAAAGAAGGUCUAUGGAAGGAGUUAAGCCAAAAUUAUUAAGGGUUCUCAAAAUAUUAAAAUAUUUAUAUUAGGAAUGAUGUUCAAAUCUAUGAUGUUGGAAAAUACAUCAAUAAUCAGAGAAGAGGAACAUGGAAGUUUAUAUAUGAUAAUAAAUAAAUGUAUUUUUGAAUCAAUUAUAUUUUAGAGGAGGAGGAAAUUAUAAUAAUCAAGGUAAAAAAAAUGGAAGAUGGAUUGAAUUAAGUUAAAACUUUUAAAAGUAGAAGAUAUUUUUAUAGUUAUUUUUUAGCAUAAGUCUUAUUAUUUAUAAAGGCGAAUAUAUUAAUGGUAAGAAAUAUGGUAUCUGGGAUAUUUUGUAUAAAAGGAAUGCAAAUAAGUCAUUUAAAUUAAUGUAACAAAAGAAUUAUAAUUAAUUUAAUUAUUAUGAAAAUUUAGAGCUUUUGGAUUUUAUGAUCAAUAGAAUAAUUUUAUAGAUUCAAUUAAAAUAGGAAGAUGGAUAGAACCAGAUGACGGAUUUUGGAAGUAAAUUUAUUGAUUAAAUAUUUAUUAUUUAGUUUGAGUUAAGUUAUCAAUAUUGGUGAGUAUAAAUAUGGUAAAAAAGUUGGUCUUUGGGAUAUAAAGUACAGGAUAUCUGAUAAUUAAUCUUUUUAAAUAAUGUAAACCAUUAUUUCAUAGUUUAAUCUAUUUUAGUGGAGGAGGAUACUAUAAAUAGUUAGAAGAUAAUUCUGUUUUAGGUUCAUUUAAGAAUGGACAAUGGAUUGAAUUAACUGAUGGAUUUUGGAGGUAUUGAAUCAUUGUUUUUAAUUAGAGAUAAAUAAGUGACAUAUUAUGGUGAAUAUUUAAAUGGUUACAAAGUUGGUAAAUGGGAUAUAUAUUAUAAUAAUUAAGAAACUGAGUAAAAUGAAUAUAUGUAAGAAAAUAUUUCAUUUAAAUUUUUUAAUUUCGUGGUGGUGAUUCAUAUGUUGAAAAAAUUAUAGGAAUUGAUAUAUAUUCAAUUAAGAUUGGAAAAUGGAUAGAGUUGAG